AUGGAUCGAUCGUUCCUCUCUAGCCCGCAAGAGGUGCUUGCGCAUUUCGGAGUGACGGAAGAGCACGGCCUACAGGAAAGCCAGGUGGCUAAAUACAGAGAGAAAUAUGGUUCCAAUGCUCUCGAGGAGGAACCCCCAACGCCGUUGUGGCAGCUUGUUUUGGAACAAUUUAAAGAUCAACUCGUUAUCAUACUGCUAGGAUCGGCCGUGGUCUCCUUUGUACUAGCAUUGUUUGAAGAGGGUGAAGGUUGGACCGCAUUCGUGGAUCCCAUUGUCAUCCUCACGAUUCUUAUCCUAAAUGCGAUCGUCGGCGUAUCUCAAGAAAGCAGCGCUGAAAAGGCCAUUGCAGCUCUCCAGGAAUAUUCAGCAAACGAGGCCAAAGUCAUUAGGGAUGGAGCUAUUCACCGGAUUAAGGCGGAGGAACUUGUGCCUGCGGAUAUCAUCUCGAUAGCCGUCGGUGAUCGCAUUCCGGCCGACUGUAGGUUGUUGGCUAUCCAGAGCAACAGUUUCCGCGUUGAUCAGGCGAUUCUGACUGGUGAAAGUCAGAGUGUUGCUAAGACUACAAAGGCGAUCAAAGACCCCCAAGCCGUUAAGCAAGAUCAGAUUAACCUGAUCUUCUCCGGAACCACCGUCGUGACCGGCCAUGCUACCGCUAUCGUGGUACUUACUGGUGCCAAUACCGCAAUUGGUGAUAUCCAUGAGAGCAUUACUGCUCAAAUCUCGGAACCUACCCCACUGAAACAAAAACUGAACAAGUUUGGUGACACACUGGCUAAGGUUAUCACGGUUAUCUGUAUCCUCGUCUGGCUCAUCAACAUCGAACACUUUGGUGACCCAAGCCACGGAGGCUGGACUAAGGGAGCCAUCUACUACCUCAAAAUUGCCGUCUCCCUCGGCGUGGCUGCUAUCCCAGAAGGUCUCGCUGUCGUCAUUACCACCUGUCUCGCCCUUGGAACCAGAAAAAUGGCUGCCAAAAAUGCCGUCGUGCGAUCCUUGCCUUCUGUCGAAACCCUGGGAAGCUGCAGCGUUAUCUGCUCUGAUAAAACCGGAACACUUACUACCAACCAGAUGAGCGUCGCUCGCGUCGUCUACUUGAAUGAAAACGGGACCGGCCUCGAAGAGAUUCAGGUUGAAGGCACUACCUUCGCCCCUCAUGGCGACCUCAAACAGAAUGGAAAAGUUCUCAAAAAUCUGGCCGCGUCGUCUUCCACCAUCCAACAGAUGACGGAAGUCAUGGCCCUUUGCAAUGAAGCUGAGUUAUCUUACGACUCGAAGACUGAUACCUUUAGCAAUAUUGGUGAACCCACCGAGGGCGCUCUCAGAGUGCUAGCCGAGAAGAUUGGUACCGACGACGUCUCCAUCAAUGCAAAGAUUAGAAGCCUGCCACCUACCGAACGUCUUCAUGCCGCUAGCAAACACUACGAAUCGCGAUCACCUGUUCAAGCUACGUAUGAAUUCUGCCGUGACCGAAAGAGUAUGUCCGUAUUGGCUGGAAAGGGAAGAAGCCAGAAGCUCCUUGUCAAGGGCGCUCCUGAGUCGAUUCUUGAGCGAUGCUCUCACACCUUGGUUGGAUCAGACGGAGAGAAAGUUGCUCUCACCAAGAAACAUAUUUCACUGAUCCAGCAAGAGGUCGCGGAUUACGGCGACCAGGGACUCCGCAUCAUCGCCAUUGCCAGCAUUGUCAAUGUGCCGGAAACUCCCCUGUUGCACAGCGCUCAAACUUCGCCAGAAUACAAGAAAUUAGAGCAAAACAUGACGCUGAUCGGUCUUGUUGGCAUGCUUGACCCACCCCGUCCAGAGGUCCGUCCAUCCAUCGAAAAGUGUCGUGAGGCAGGCAUUCGAGUUGUCGUUAUCACCGGUGACAACCAGCAUACUGCUGAAUCUAUUUGUCGACAAAUUGGAAUCUUUGGUAAAGACGAAGACAUACGCGGCAAGAGUUUCACCGGUAGAGAGUUUGACGAUCUGAGCGAGCAAGGAAAACUCGAAGCUGCCAAAAACGGCCUGCUUUUCUCUCGUACCGAACCAACGCACAAAUCGAAGCUUGUCGACCUCUUGCAGUCAAUGGGACACGUCGUGGCCAUGACCGGAGAUGGUGUUAACGAUGCCCCCGCGCUAAAGAAAUCUGAUAUUGGUGUUGCCAUGGGCUCUGGAACUGAUGUUGCUAAACUCGCAGCCGAUAUGGUCCUCGCCGACGAUAACUUUGCUACGAUCGAAGUCGCCAUUGAAGAAGGAAGGUCUAUUUACAGCAACACCCAGCAGUUUAUCCGCUACCUCAUUUCUUCAAAUAUUGGAGAAGUUGUGUCCAUUUUCCUUACCGCUGCUCUCGGCAUGCCGGAAGCUUUGGUUCCUGUCCAAUUACUGUGGGUCAAUUUGGUUACAGAUGGUCUUCCUGCGACAGCCCUGUCGUUUAAUCCCGCGGACCAUGACGUCAUGAGGCGCCCACCGCGCAAACGAGACGAGCCCCUUGUCGGAGGAUGGUUGUUUUUCCGUUACAUGGUCAUCGGUAUCUAUGUUGGUGCCGCCACGGUAUUUGGAUAUGCAUGGUACUUCAUGUUCAAUCCAGAAGGUCCUCAAAUUACCUUCUGGCAACUGUCUCAUUUCCACAAAUGUUCCAGCCAGUUCUCUGAAAUUGGCUGUGAGAUGUUUAGCAAUGAUAUGUCUAAAUCUGCUUCGACCAUAUCCCUCUCCAUCCUCGUUGUGAUUGAGAUGCUAAACGCCAUGAACGCGCUCUCCUCCAGCGAAUCGCUCUUCACUUUCCCACUAUGGAACAACAUGAUGCUUGUCUACGCCAUCAUGCUCUCCAUGUCCCUUCAUUUCGCCAUCCUAUAUAUCCCCUUCUUACAAAGCCUGUUCAACAUUUUGCCACUCAAUUGGCUUGAGUGGAAGGCUGUCUUGGCUAUCAGUGCGCCAGUCGUGGUCAUUGAUGAAUUCUUGAAAUACCUGGAGAGAGUUCUUUACGUGACCCAUGCUACCCCGGACCGCAAGGAAGAAUACCAAAACGGGUCCAACAUAAAGCCAAAGAAAGCGUGA